CCGCUCCCGCCCUCCGUGGGACCCGGAGGACUGGGGACCAUGCCGGAGCCCGGGCCGGACGCCUCGGGCACUGCCAGCGCGCCGCCCCCGCAGCCUCCUCCCCAGCCUCCCGCGCCCAAGGAAUCCCCGUUCUCCAUCAGGAACCUGCUCAACGGAGACCAUCACCGGCCGCCCCCGAAGCCACAGCCGCCCCCACGAACGCUCUUUGCGCCGGCCUCGGCCGCCGCCGCUGCGGCCGCCGCUGCCGCCGCCGCAGCCAAAGGUGCCCUGGAGGGCGCCGCGGGCUUCGCGCUCUCGCAGGUGGGCGACCUGGCCUUCCCCCGCUUUGAGAUCCCAGCGCAGAGGUUUGCAUUGCCCGCACACUACCUGGAGCGCUCCCCGGCCUGGUGGUACCCCUACACCCUGACCCCCGCCGGCGGCCACCUCCCGCGACCAGAAGCCUCUGAGAAGGCCCUCCUGCGCGAUUCCUCCCCUGCGUCCGGCACAGACCGCGACUCCCCGGACCCUCUGCUCAAGGCUGACCCCGACCACAAGGAGCUGGACUCCAAGAGCCCGGACGAGAUCAUUCUGGAAGAGAGCGACUCGGAGGAAGGCAAAAAAGAAGGCGAGGCGGUGCCUGGCGCGGCGGGGACGACCGUAGGGGCGACUGCGGCGACACCGGGCUCAGAGGACUGGAAGGCGGGCGCCGACAGUCCCGAGAAGAAGCCGGCGUGCCGCAAAAAGAAGACGCGCACCGUCUUCUCCCGCAGCCAGGUCUUCCAGCUCGAGUCCACCUUCGACAUGAAGCGCUACCUGAGCAGCUCGGAGCGCGCCGGCCUGGCCGCGUCGCUUCACCUCACCGAGACGCAGGUCAAGAUCUGGUUCCAGAAUCGCCGCAACAAGUGGAAGCGACAGCUGGCGGCCGAGCUGGAGGCGGCCAACCUGAGCCACGCCGCUGCGCAGCGCAUCGUGCGCGUGCCCAUCCUCUACCACGAGAACUCUGCGGCCGAGGGGGCGGCGGCGGCCGCAGGGGCCCCGGUGCCGGUCAGCCAGCCGCUGCUCACCUUCCCGCACCCUGUCUACUACUCGCACCCGGUGGUCUCGUCUGUGCCGCUGCUACGGCCGGUGUGAGACGGGAGAGGGGAGAGGGAAUGAGCACCCGGCCACCUUUCGGGGAUCCCGGAGGAGACUGGGCCGGGCCGAGGGUGCCGGGCUGUGGCCAGCGACCUUGGGCUCACUGCCUUGCCUCCCACCCCCCAAUAGCAUUUUGUAAGUAUUUGCAAUGCAUUUUCGUGCAAUUCAUUCCUAUGAAUUUGAGGCGCUUCUCCUCUUAUUUUUGGUUUUGCUUUCCAUUAAGAGAAAACGAGGUGGGGUUGGGAGGGAACGACAAAAUAACCAGGUCAAAACUUCCAAUUGAAAGUUUGUUUUUUUUAAUGUCCAGAUCUCCCCUUAAAUUUCCAUUGCGCUGUGGCUGGGGAGGGGGGGUGUUUUUACAGAAGGAAAAUAAGCGAAAAACUCAAUUUUUUAAAGUUUAUUCAUUUUUCUGAGGAACUAUUUUCAAAAUCCCAAGAGAGAAUCCAUAUCGAAUUCAUAUUUAUUUCUGGAUUUCUGGGUGUGGUUUUUCCUGCACUCCCAAUCAGUUACCCACCCCCCCAACCCCGCCGCUACGGCCCUUUCAAAAUCUGGGCGGCCAAUGGUAAGACCCUCACUCGGCUGAUCUGUGACAGUCAGCUCCAUUUGUCUCAGUUUGUGACUGAAGAAUUCGCUAAUCAAACUGUUUAAAGGGAAAAGACAAAAGCCUCAAAUCUAGACCUGUAACAGCUUCAUAUCUGGCUGGGUUGCAGUGGUCUUAUUUAUCACUUGAUUUAUUUAGUGGUAAUAUCACUAUUACUACUGUUAUCUGCUUGAGAGAUUAGUUUCUUCUUCCUUCCUCUCUCUUUUUAUUGAAAAAAAAAUACAUUUUUAUCCUCCCCGUUUUUUGUUUUUUUUUUUUUUUUUUACUUUGCAGCAACCGUUGUGCUUUGGCCUGUGCAAUAUUGUACAAAAUUUCCCUAGAGCCCCGCCCCUUCCUCCGUGGGGAUAAAGACCACCCUGCCACGGCAUGAUCAUUAAUGUAGAGGGAAGAUUAAGCAGGAGAGGGGGAAGGAAGAAAGCAAGGUAGAUAGUGAUGCUCCAGGGAGCGAGCUAGGCAGAGUGGAGCGCUUUAAGUGAAGGACAAUCAACGUAAGAGAAUCUUAACUUAUUUGAUAACUGUACAGUUUUUCUUGUAAAGUUCACCCCCAGCUCCACAGGGCCGCUUGCUCUGGUUCCCUGUUGGCUACACCUGUUGUUCUGUUGUUUCCAUUUCGUCUGUUUCCCCCUCCCUCCCUGUCCUCUGCCAGAGUUCAGUCUCUUUUUAAGAAAACAAAACAAAACUCCACAAAAUAUUGUUACACUUAAUGUUGUUGUGGAAUCGAAUUAAAGAAAAAAUAAGCCUUUCACGUU